AUGACGGAGCCCGUCACUACCGGCGAGCUGCCUGCUGAGGUUGCCGAUCACGAACGAGCACCUCCACCGUUUGCGCCCAUAUUCACACUGGUCAAUAACACUUCAACACGAACGACACACCAUCCAAAAGUACAUUAUAUCUUCAGUGAUGAUGAUCCAGACCUCCUGACCCAGGCCCUUGCACAACAACAUGAUGCGAACCUACACAAUUCUGCCUCGGAUCCGGCGCUAAGCGACCGAGCAGUCAUCCUCGAUUUGGCACAGGAUUCAGAGGGAGGCUACAAUGUGUCAUGGGCUUCCAGUCUAUCGCCAUCCUGGGCUGUAGUCAAUGCACAAGUAAGCCAGAUUUCACCACCAUCAUCAGACGGCGGUGGUGGUGGCGGUGGCAGUAGCGACAACCCAAAGAAGCCAGGCCGUCUCAUGCUUCGGAUCGAAGGUGUUGAGAGUGGAGGCAUUGGGGACGGCGAGCUGAAGCUCUCUAGCGAGGGAAGCCGGCAAGGCUCUAGAAGCGGGAGCGGGAGUGGAAGUGGACAGCACAAGGAGAAGGAAGGCGAGGACUACACGACCUUGGUAGACGAAUUCGAGAAGCGGAUGUGCAUUCUGAAGAAAGUGGUUGACACAGGAGAGGACAGAAGACGAAAGGUUGAUGACGAGGCUGAAACAGACCGACGAGCCACCGCCAACAAUGCAGAAGAGGCAGGGACUGGCGAUUGA